CAACAUCACGUGUUACUAAUACGUUCGUGAUGUCUCAACUCGUCGAAGCUGCCACGUACGCUCCAGAGUGGGUUCGGUGCGUUGAGAAAUUUUAUGGUGUUGGAUUCCUCAGCGCAGGAGGCAAGAGAACGUGCCAGGAUCUUGCUCAAAGGCUAGACUUGAAGGCGGGUGAUUCUGUAUUGGAUAUUGGGUCAGGAUCAGGAGGAAUGGCUUUCUAUCUUGCUGAGAACGUAGGUGCUGUUGUCACUGGUGUUGACUGUAGUAGCUCACUGGUGACACUUGCAAAGCAGAGAAGCGAGAUGAAAGGUCUAGAUGACAAGGUUACUUUUAUGCAGAGAGACAUGAGGAAUCUAGAUUUUCCGCCUCAAAGUUUUGACGCAAUUUUGUUUUGGGGAUCUAUUGUGCACGUGAAUAUUGACGACUGUCGUUCAGUUUUGAGGAGAGCUUAUGAUUGUUUGAAACCUGGGGGCAAACUGAUCAUUCAGGAACUGAUAAAGUUUGAAUCAGUCAAAACAUCAACUCCUGAGUUCAAAGAGUACAUCUGCAGGAUGGGCUAUUAUCCAAGCACGUACUCAGACUAUGCCAAACAUUUCUCGUCGUCUGGUCUUAAACUGUUAGAAUUCGAACAGCGACGUGACUUCUAUAUACAAGACAGUGCCGAAACAUUAGACAAAUUGAAGAGCAAUUGGGACGAAAUCGUGAAGGAUGUUUCGAAAGAUACUUUGGAGAGAACGGUUUCGUUUUGGGAAGAGAAGCUUUACUGGGCGCAAGAGGGUGUGCUGUACUUUUGCUUUUUGUUGGCUCAGCGACCUCUGUAGCAGGAUUAGUCAAGUGAUGUCGUUGCGUUUUCAUAUGCGUUCCAACGUGCGAACGUACUCUCCUUUUUUCUAGCUAAAGUCUAGCUGUCAGUUAACUCUA